CACACUCAAAUACUCUGCUGACAACGCCGUUGGCUGGACCGGGACAAAAGCAUCGUACCGGACAUGAGGAGGUAAGGUCAGAGUGAUCUCUGAUACAGGUCGUUCUCUAGCUAUCUAGCUAUAAAGACCUGCCUCGCAUCUCAAGAGAAAUCAUCUCUCACAAACAACACAAAGUCAUCCAUCUUCAAUCAAGCACAUCUCAUUCCUCCGACCAUGAUCUCCCCCAAGAUUGCUCUCAUUGCUCUUAGCAUUACCACUGCCAAUGCUCUUAUUCAGAGCGCAGAGAACUCUACUUCUCUCAACUGCGCUACUGGAGCUCAUAUCCAAGCACUGGGCUUCACCUUUGAGUACAUGAACGCCAACAACACCGACACAGGCGUCAAUCUUCCGGAGAUGCCCAUCGAGUACGCCGACAACCCUUCCCUUUGCGUGCCCACUUCCCUCUUUGAUAGCUACUUCGAGGCCAUCGAAGCUCAAGCAAAACUCCUGGAUAUUCAAUCCGACAACGGGCUCUCUCUUAUCUCUCGCGCUCCCAAGCCCGAUCAUGUGUUCUUGGACAAACGCGCCCGCAACUGCAGACAGCUCAAAGAAGCCCAGAUCUCUUCGAUCCACAAGUACUCCUGCUCUUCCGCUCCUCACGCGGACAAGUGUAGAUCGUGCGCCAACUGGGCCACUGGCUCUUUUGCGACCUCGAUCGCUGCUUGUGGACUCAAGGAGCAGCCGGCCGAGGCAGUCUCUUGCUGUGCUUCUGCUGCCUUGGCUUUUGGAACUUAUUAUACUCAAGUCUGUCUGGAGAAGUAGUUGAAGGUCGCCUGUCGUCUUCUAUCGCCCCUUGCUUUGAAAUAUUGAAACAAGGCGCGAUGUGUGUAACGGGGGCCGACUGUGGUUGGAAUAGGUGAUGGAGCUUUCAACAUACCAGUAGAUAGCCAGCGAGGGUUCAACACCCUAACAGAAUAUCAAACUUGCUUUCCACUAGAU